GCUUUUUAUUCUCUCUUUCAUCAGCAGAGGGCGCUGCCGAUUUAAAUCGAUUAUGUAGCCGACGGACUGUUUCGGUCUAAAGAUGUCAUUACGUCACAUCCGUUUACAUAUCCUCGACUCCUACAUAUAUGGAUUAGCAUUGAGCUAACAGAAAAGCCCAUCCACAUGAGCAGAGAGUCGUGACAGCAGCUCAGGACGAGGAAAAUACGGAACAGGGACCGAAUGAAGUGACAGCGGAGGUUGUUCUCCAGCCCCAGACAUCCUGACCGUCUUUCUUAUAGAGUAGCUCCCAUGUGCUUCAUUCAGACAGCAAGGACUGGACAGCUCGAUAUAGAAGAUGGCAACAAAAAGCAGAUAUCUGCUGCAGAGAGUGUUCAGUGGAGUCAGAAAUCCCGCUGUUUGGUACCAGAGCUCAGCCUCGACCUCAAGUCAAGGACGCCUGCUGUGGAAACCUCGACUCAGACAGCUGAGCUGCUCACACACACUCGGCAAGGCUCAUCCUCCAAGCACAGGUCCCAGCAGUCUGUCCUUCAGGAGUCACACCUGUGGAGAACUGAGAUCCCAUCAUGUGGGAGAGAAAGUCUCUCUGUGUGGCUGGGUCCAGUACCUCAGGCAAGACCUGUUUGUCAUCAUGCGAGAUUUCAGCGGCUUGACACAAGUUCUAAUCCCUCAGGAAGAAUCUGCGAGUAAUUUGAAAGCAGCGCUGUGUGAUCUCACAACCGAGUCUGUCGUCAAGGUUACAGGAACAGUCAGACGACGACCAGCGGGGCAGGAGAACAAGAGCAUGCCAACAGGAGAAAUAGAAAUCCUGGCUGAGAGCGUGGAGGUUUUCAACGUGUGCCAGAAGUUGCCUUUUGAAAUUAAAGACUUUGUCAAAAAAUCAGAGUCUUUGCGGAUGCAGUAUCGCUACCUGGACCUGAGGUCCUCUCAGAUGCAGAAGAACCUCAGACUGAGAUCUCAGCUGGUGAUGAAGAUGAGAGAAUACCUCUGUAAUGUGCACGGUUUUGUGGACGUGGAAACUCCGACCUUGUUUAAAAGAACACCAGGGGGAGCCAAAGAGUUUGUGGUUCCGUCCAGAGAGCCGGGCCGCUUUUACUCUCUGCCCCAGAGUCCACAGCAGUUUAAACAGCUCCUAAUGGUGGCUGGAAUAGACAGGUACUUCCAGAUGGCCCGGUGCUACCGAGAUGAAGGCUCCAAACCUGACCGGCAGCCUGAGUUCACCCAGGUAACACGGAGGUGGAACGGGAAAAGGACAAAAUGCACUCACACACAGCUGAUCAUUUUAUGUUGUUAGUGGGUAUGGAGCUUA